GAUCGUCUGCAAUUUUUUUUUUUUUUUUUAUGUUUUCGUAGAGAAAAAAAUGGAGAAAGUCCCAAAGAAGAUCGUUAUUUUCGGUGCGACUGGAAAUACGGGCUUGGUUACAACCGAAUACGCUAUUAAAAACGGAUAUGAAGUUUCUGUUUUUAUAAGAGAUCCUGCCAAAUUACCUGCAGAUUUAAAACCACAUAAAGUUUUUGUUGGUGAUGUUUUAAAUCAAGAAAAUGUAGAUUCUGCAAUAGAAGGUCAAGAUGCAGUAGUAGUAACUUUAGGAACUAGAACUGAUUUGGGUCCUACAACAGUAUUAUCAGAGGGACUUAAAAAUAUAAUUCAUGGAAUGGUUAAACAUAAUGUUAAACGUAUAACUUGCUGUAUAUCAGCUUUCCUGUUUUGGGAGCGAUCAAAAGUACCAGAGAUGUACAUUCCACUGACCGAAGACCACGAACGAAUGCUAAAUGUACUUAAGGCUAGUGGCAGAGAAUGGGUAGCCCUUUUUCCGCCACAUAUAACAAGUGAGCCAAGCAACCAACCCUAUAUCCUGAAGAAUGACAAGCCUUAUGGAAGAAUGAUUUCAAAGUACGACCUGGCAGAGAUCAUGGUAAAGUGCCUCUCCGAUGAGGAACGCAUAGGACACACCGUAGGAAUGGGAUAUGAACCCAAAAGUUAAAGGCAGCGCUUUUAUAUUUACAAAUGUAUCUGGUUCGAUUUUGCAUUUACACUUAUAUUUCUGUAAUUGGUAACCUACUCUACAAGCAAAUGUAUUCAUGAAAAUUGAGAAAGCCCAGAUUAUGGAAAAUAUAUAUCACUAGAAUUUAACAAUAUGAUAUUCAUGAAAAGUUACUCUUGAACAUAAAUUGAACAUUUAUAAACAAGAAAUGCAUAUUCUAAAACAUGCAAAAAAAUUAUUUUAUAUAAACAUUUUGAAUAUAUGUUUAAUAAUUGUUGUUGAGAACAAAAAUUUACAUAAAAUAUAUUUUUAUGUACAAAAAUUUGAUAUCUUUAUCAUCUUCAUACCAAGAUGUAUAUUGUUACACAAGAAGCUACUUGAACAAAUAUCCAUUACUCAGCAGUUUAGAGAAAUUCUUGGAAAAAAUACGACAGCUACUUAGAGAAAUGGCAAACUUUUGUACGAUAUUAUAAAUAUAGGGUCCAAAAAUUUGAAUAUAUAAAAUUGCCAUUUAAAUUUUAUUUGGGAUCAAAAUGAUAGUUACUAGUUAUGCAGUAUUAUAUACUAUAUGCUUUGCAAACAUUUAUUAUUGUUAUAUAGUAAUUAGUGUAAAUAGGAUGGCCCAAAAGUUAAUCAACUGUUGUUAAAUACUAAAUAGAAAUUAAUUAAUGGAAGUGACUAAAAGAAUAUGAUUAAUUCUGUUUUUUUUUUUUUUUUUAUCAAGAGUUUCUGCUAAUGUUUUAAACUCUGUUUACUCUUCAUAUUCACAAAUAUACCCAAACACAAAACAUUUGUAACUAACUUUAGGGCCACCCCAUAUACAAAAGAUAGCAGGUAAGAAUCUUUGAGUAAUCUGCUUGCUUGUUUGUCAGUGCCAAAUUGCACCAACAGCUUUUGAUCUAUCAUGAUUGGAAAAUGUUAGUUUUUGAAUUUUGUAAACAUAUCAGUAAAGAUUUGUAUACUGACCAAUUGUUAGAUGGUCCCGACAGAUGUCACAGUUUUUUCUAUAUGAAAUAAAAGACAUGCUUUUGUGCCGUUGUUGCAACAAUA